GUGGGCACGCUGGUCACGUGGCGCGCGCUGUAGUCAGCUGAGGGUCAUGUGGGUGGGGCCCCGCUCCGGCGCCCCCAGCUGAGCUCGGCUCAUUCGGCUCAAGAUGCGCGACGGAAAGGGCGCUUCGCGGGCCCCGGUGCUCCGGUUCACCAACUGCCGCAUCCUGCGGGGCCGAAGGCUGCUCAGGGAGGAUCUGUGGGUGCGUGAGGGCCGCAUUCUGGACCCAGAGAAGCUCUUCUUUGAGGAGCGGCUCGUAGCCGACCAGCAGCGGGACUGCGGGGGCUGCCUCCUGGCGCCCGGCUUCAUUGACGUGCAGAUCAACGGUGGAUUUGGCGUUGACUUCUCGCAGGCCACAGAGGAUGUGGGCUCGGGAGUAGCCCUUGUAGCCCAGAGGAUCCUGUCGCACGGAGUCACCUCUUUCUGUCCCACCUUAGUCACCUCGCCACCAGAGGUUUAUCACAAGGUCCUUCCUCAGAUCCCUGUGAAGAGUGGUGGCCCCCAUGGGGCAGGGGUCCUCGGUGUGCACCUGGAGGGCCCGUUUAUCAGCCGGGAGAAGCGGGGUGCACACCCCGAGGCCUACCUGCGCUCUUUUGAGGCCAAUGCCUUCCACGAUGUUCUGGCCACCUACGGGUCCCUGGACAACGUUCGCAUUGUGACGCUGGCUCCUGAGUUGGGCCGUAGCCAUGAGGUGAUCCGGGCACUGACGGCUCGGGGCAUCUGUGUGUCCCUAGGGCACUCUGUGGCUGACCUGCAGGUUGCAGAGGAAGCCGUGCAGAGCGGGGCUACCUUCAUCACCCACCUCUUCAACGCCAUGCUGCCUUUCCACCACCGGGACCCUGGCAUCGUGGGGCUCCUGACGAGUGACCGGCUGCCCCCCGGGCGCCACAUCUUCUACGGAAUGAUCUCCGAUGGCAUACACACCAACCCCGCAGCCCUGCGCAUUGCCCACCGGGCCCAUCCCCAGGAAGAGCCCCUCAGCCCCUCUGGUGGGAUGCAAGAACCUAGGUGUCCCCAGCCGACCCACACCCCAUCCAGUGUGCCUGGUGGCCCCUGCCCUCCACCCCCCAGAGCCUGCCUUCUCUGCUCUCAAGGCACCAAGACACUGAGCGGCAGCAUAGCUCCGAUGGACGUCUGCAUUCGGCAUUUCCUGCAGGCCACAGGACUUGGAGCUCCAGGGCUGUGGGGGCGGGGUGAGGAUGGUCACCCAGCUGUGUCUCCUGAGCAGGCUGCAGUGUGGAGUCGGCCCUGGAGGCUGCGUCACUGCACCCCGCCCAGCUACUGGGACUGGAGAAGCUCAAGGGAACCCUGGACUUUGGAGCUGAUGCAGACUUCGUGAUGCUCGACGACUCCCUCCACGUUCAGGCCACGUACAUCUCAGGCGAGUUGGUGUGGCAGGCGGAGGAGGCCAGGCAGUGACCCGGGACCACAGCUGGAAAGGACACCCAGCCUCACCCGGACACUGACAAUACUGGGCUGCUGAGGAGCUGGUCUCCGAGGAGUGAAUGGGAACCCUGCCCCAGGUGAAUGACAGCCCUGGAGGCGACUGGCUUGGAUAAACCAUCUACCCCAAAGGGACUUGCCUGGUCUCUGAGUUUUGCUUCAAAGCAGGCUUCUUGCUGUUUCCACUGUCACUCUGGUGGCCUUCCUGAGGCUGGGGGUUGGGGUUGUGGCUUAGGAUUGGGAGUGGAUGGACUCCAGCUCAGCCCAGCCUUGCAAGGAGGCGUCACGGGCCUGUUAGAAGGGUGUGUGAGAGGCCUGCAGACUUGCAGGCAGGUGUGUCAUAUGGAAAUGAAUGGAGGGGCGGGAGGGGGAAGCCACAGGCUAUAGGUUGAAAAGCUGAAAACUGGCAGGAAGAGGCUGGGGGACAGUGAAUGGGGACAACUUCAGAAGUUUGCCUGUUGUAGGGCUGAGGGAAAGGGUACAUCUUGGAAUUUUAAACAGGAGAGCAUUGGUCUUAGAGACAUUAAGAAUAUGGGCAAGGAAUGUCUUAGUUUGUGCUCUCAAGGGGGCACUACAGAGGUUUGGGAGGUAGGUGUGUGGGUGUCCUGUGGUCUCGCUCUCUGCACAUCACCCAGCACUCCUCUCUGACCUUCAGAGGGAUCCACACUGGCCUCCGGACCCCAGGUUGCCGAGCUCUGAUUUCAGGAGGCAAUGGUUGGAGACCCCUGAGCUGACCGUGGCUACUGCUCCCUGGCCUGCCUGACUGGACCAGCCCCCCAAGAUCAUCCAGGCUCUGAAUCUUUUGGGAUCUUUUCUGAACAACCCAACUCCCAAGAGGGCUCCAGGAGCCAUCCUGUACUCGUGUUUGUACAGCUGUAGGUAACCCUGUCUGGUGUUGGUGGGCAGUUUGUGGUCACCAAUGUCCUGUGCCCUACAGGACACGGGGUCCAGCUGGACCCCACCUUCCAAGUCUCCUCUCCCUGGCAAAGGUCCUUGGGAGAGGGCAGAUGAGUCGGCUAAUAGGUUAGCACCUGAGCAGCGGUUGUCGGCACUUUCUUGGUACUGGGCCUCAUUCAUGAUUAUGGGUAUUCACUUGCUUCGUUCGCCUGCCAAAAAUCCAAAGGGCUGUCCUGUUUGUCAUCUGGGGCACUGAGUCCCAGAGCUGGUGGGCUUUGGGCCAGCACUUGGCCUGGCCUAGCCAACCGUGGGAGCCUUCCUUAGACCUGUCCGCUCUCUGGGUGGAGAACCGUGGAGGGACUGGUUGAGAUGGUGGCCAGCCAGGUGACACCAGAGAUGACAGGAGCCAGCACGGCUGGGAAGAAAGAGCACUCAGGCAAAGGGAACUGCCCCACAAUGCACAGGCUUAGUGUAGCCGUGGGCAAACUAUGGCCUGCGGGCCGGAUCCGGCCCGUUUGAAAUGAAUAAAA